CCGAAGAGACAUUUAUUCAGUCACAAUGGGGAAACAGAACAGCAAGCUGAGGCCGGAGGUGCUAAACGAUCUGCGUGAGAAUACAGAGUUCAGCGAGCAUGAGCUGCAGGAGUGGUAUAAAGGAUUUCUAAAGGACUGCCCCACCGGUCACCUCACUGUGGAGGAGUUCAAAAAAAUCUAUGCCAACUUCUUCCCUUACGGCGAUGCCUCAAAGUUCGCAGAGCAUGUAUUUCGAACAUUCGACACCAACAGCGACGGGACUAUCGACUUCCGGGAGUUCAUCAUCGCAUUGAGCGUCACGUCACGAGGGAAGCUGGAGCAGAAACUGAAGUGGGCAUUUAGUAUGUAUGACCUGGAUGGUAAUGGCUACAUCAGUCGAUCUGAAAUGCUGGAAAUUGUACAGGCAAUCUAUAAGAUGGUUUCUUCUGUCAUGAAGAUGCCAGAGGAUGAGUCCACUCCAGAGAAGAGGACAGAUAAGAUUUUCAAACAGAUGGACACCAAUAAAGAUGGAAAAAUUUCUCUUGAGGAGUUUAUUAAAGGAGCCCGGAGUGACCCCUCCAUUGUCCGCCUCCUCCAGUGUGACCCGAGCAGUGCCAGUCAAUUCUGAGCUCCAGCAGCCACAGCAAAGUCUAAUAGUAUUCACUUCAUUCUGGACAUGGUGAGUGUUUGUGUUGAUGUAGAAAUGUUAUUGCUGUAGUCAUUAUCACAUUCACCGACUCCUCAGUGGCAUUAGGGACCAAUUAUGUUGCAGAGAGUCCAGUAAGCUUUUCCAUCAGUCCCAGUACCAACCCAUUAUGCUAUAAGCUACCAGCUAUAAAGAACUGGGAGUGUACUGCUAUGUGUUUUUGUGUAUAGGUGUCAAAAUAAAAAAAAAUGAAAUGUUAUAUUAUGUAGCAGUGCUGUUAAAUUAUACUGUUGUAGGAAA